AUGUCUAUUAAGUUGGUCAUUGGAGGGUCUACGGUGAAUGUUAUUAGUGCCUAUGCCCCACAAGUAGGUUUGGAUGAGGAGGAGAAGAAAGCUUUUUGUAAGGUUUUAAUUAAGGUGGUGAGUAGAAUCCCAAGCACUGAGUGGCUUGUUGUGGAAGGGGAUUUCAAUGGGCAUAUUGGAUUUUUUUCAAGAGGUUAUAAUGAUGUGCAUGGCAGUUUUGAUUUUGGGGAGCAGAAUGAAGUGGUUAAGAGGAAGGUGGUGUCUAAUAAGGUGUCUUCUGCUAAGUUGGUGGAGAGCAAGGAUGAUAAGGAAAGACAGACGUAUAAGGUGGAGUAUAAGGUUUCUAGAAGAAAGGCCAAAUUAGCGAUUAAGGCGGCUAAGACAAUAGCUUAUGAGAGCUUGUAUGUGGUAUUAGAGGAGAAAAGAGGGGAUAAGAAUUUGUAUAGGCUUGCCAAGGCCAGUGAGCGAAGGGCUCAUGACCUUGAUAAAGUAAAGUACAUCAAGAGAGAGGAUGCUACAGUGUUGGUUGAGGAUUCCUUUAUUCAGGAGAAGUGGCAUUCCUACUUCCAUAAACUUUUGAAUGAUGAGCGGGACAAAGGUUUCAUGUUAGGGGAAUUGGAGAAGUUAGAGGACUAUCGCGAUUGUGGUUAUUAUAGGCAUAUCAAGGUUGAAGAGGUCAAGGGGGCUAUUUGUAGGAUGCGGUGGGGUAGGACGAUAAGGCCAGACAAGAUUCCAAUGAAUUUUUUGAAGAGUACUAGUAAAGCAGGUUUUGAGUGGUUAUCUAGGUUAUUUAAUAUCAUUUUUAGGAUGGAAAAGAUGCAUAAAGCGUAG